UGGCCUAGAAGGGUGCAGGGAGCUGAAGCUAACCGAGUGGCAGCGAUCGAGUCCCGGGGAAAUCUGUCACGGAGUCACCGUGAAAAAGAUCAACAGCCACAACAUGCCGAAUAAAACUAAAAAGGAAAAGGAACCAACCAAAUCUGCCAAAAGCAGCACUAAAAACAGCAAUGCCACCAGUGGGAAAGACACAGGAACUGAAAAUGCAGAUGAGGCGGCGCAGCAGCAGACUGCCAGCAAGCGUCCCAGCAAUAGCACCCCUCCACCCACUCAGCUCAACAAGAUCAAGUACUCUAGCGGUCCCCAGAUCGUCAAGAAGGAGCGUCGCCAGAGUUCAUCACGAUUCAACCUCGCCAAGAACCGUGAGCUGCAGAAACUUCCUGCCCUCAAAGAUGCACCUCUUAUCGACCGGGAAGAGCUGUUUGUGCAGAAGCUGCGCCAGUGCUGCGUACUCUUUGACUUUGUCACGGACCCCCUAAGCGACCUGAAGUACAAGGAGGUGAAGCGUGCCGGUCUGAAUGAGAUGGUGGAGUACAUCACGCACAACCGCGAAGUGGUCACCGAGUCCAUCUAUCCCGAGGGUGUCAUCAUGUUUUCAAUCAACCUGUUCAGGACCCUGCCACCAUCCUCCAACCCCACGGGGGCUGAGUUUGACCCAGAAGAGGACGAGCCCACACUGGAGGCUGCUUGGCCACACCUACAGCUGGUGUAUGAAUUCUUCUUACGAUUCCUGGAGUCCCCCGAUUUCCAGCCUAAUGUCGCCAAAAAAUACAUUGACCAAAAGUUUGUAUUGUCUCUACUGGAGCUGUUUGACAGUGAAGACCCCAGGGAGCGGGACUUCCUGAAGACCAUCCUCCACAGGAUCUACGGCAAGUUCCUGGGUCUUCGGGCCUACAUCCGCAGACAGAUCAACAACAUAUUCUACAGGUUUAUAUAUGAAACCGAGCAUCACAAUGGAAUCGCCGAGCUCUUAGAGAUCUUAGGAAGCAUAAUCAACGGCUUUGCCCUGCCAUUGAAAGAGGAGCACAAGAUGUUCUUGAUUCGAGUGCUGUUGCCGCUUCACAAAGUGAAGUCACUCAGCGUCUACCACCCACAGCUGGCGUAUUGCGUCGUGCAGUUCUUGGAAAAGGACAGUAGUCUAACUGAACCAGUGAUCAUGGGCUUGCUGAAGUUCUGGCCUAAGACCCACAGCCCCAAAGAGGUGAUGUUCCUCAACGAGCUGGAGGAGAUCCUGGACGUCAUCGAGCCGUCUGAGUUCGUCAAGGUCAUGGAGCCGCUGUUCAGACAGCUGGCCAAGUGUGUUUCCAGUCCACACUUCCAGGUGGCAGAGAGGGCGCUGUACUACUGGAACAACGAGUACAUCAUGAGUCUGAUCAGUGACAACGCUGCCAAGAUCCUCCCCAUCAUGUUCCCUGCUCUCUACAAGAACUCCAAGAGCCACUGGAACAAGACAAUCCAUGGGCUGAUCUACAACGCCCUGAAGCUCUUCAUGGAGAUGAACCAGAAGCUGUUUGAUGACUGCACCCAGCAGUACAAGGCUGAGAAACAGAAAGAGAAGUACAAGCUGAAGGAGCGUGAGGAGGUCUGGCACAAGAUCGAGGAGCUGGCCAAGCAUAACCCUCAGGUUAGCAAACUCCGACCUGGUCUCCACCCACAAGAAGAGUACAUGAUGUACAAUGAGAGUCCGGGAGGGGUGCCCUUGUACUCCAUGGAGACGGAGACGCCCACUGCUGAGGACAUUCAGCUGCUGAAGAAGACUGUCGAGACAGAGGCCACACAGGGGAUGAAGGACAUCAAGAAAGACAAGGUGUUGAUGCGGCGGAAGUCGGAGCUGCCGCAGGACGUGUACACUAUAAAAGCCCUGGAGCAACACAAGCGAGCAGAGGAGUAUCUGACGGCCAACGAGGAGGCCCUCUGACCAGGGAGCAGUGGCACCCUCCAUGCCUAACUCCCCUCCUGUCCGUCUCUCAUCCAAACAGUCGCCUACUGUACACCUGAUAGCCCCCUCUUCGCCUCUGCUUCUCCUCCCCCUCCACCCCUCAAUCUCUGCCGGAGAUCCCCAUCUGCAGAAAACCAAGGCCAUCAGAGUUAGACAAGAACACACACUCCUAUACGCACACAUAAGAACAUACACACAGACGUACAAAUUGUUCCAACUUCCAAAUACUCACAUAUACUUGACUACAGUGGGCUGAUUGUUAGGUUGCACGAGGACAACCAUUAUACAACAGGAGUAUUAAGUGUAAGCAUCCGUGAAGCAUGUUUCUUUGUUUUGUUUCUGUUUCCUUUCGGAUUGGUUUUGGUUGUCCUCAUGUUCCUCCCUCCUACUGUGAUCUGCUGUGCUGAAAGGGAACGACCAAAGCAUUACCUAUAGAGGGCAGUCGAGUGAGUGGCGGUCCCGCUAGCUUGUCUGGAGUGAGGAGGUGUGGGUUAUCUGAUUGGUGGAAAAUAGGGCCAUGCUCUAGUCUAGCUGGAUGUCCAGUGGAAGUAGUGAUUCUGCUCUGUUAAAAAAAAAACUAAAAAAAACUGUCAGUUCAUGUCCAGGCAGCCUAGUACAUUUUGGGGAAGCCAAGUCUGGGACACAAAGCUUACAAGGCAAAGCAAUGACAUGAGAGGACUAGGAAUCAAGAUGGCUGCCUUUAUCUUAAUUUAAUUCAUGUAUGUCAGUCUCUUCCAUGAAACCAGUUUUUCUCACUCUUUAGUUGUAGCUUCAUGAAGUCACCGCUUUGCAUCCUUAAAUCAUGGCCUUACAGCAUCUGUUGAAUUACAUUCUCCCUGUUUAUUAGUCGUAAGCUAAUAGCAUGAUUGUAAGCCUAGAUAAUUGGUGUAUGCAGGGCAGUCAGUCCGGGUCUCAAUUUACUGUUGAGUGUUAGAAUAGUAGAAUACACAAGGUGGAAUUGAGAUAUUUGGUUGUGUAUCAGCAGUUAAAAUUUAAAAAAAAAAAAAAAACAUUAUUUCACCUUUAUUUAACCAGGUAGGCAAGUUGAGAACAAGUUCUCAUUUACAAUUGCGACCUGGCCAAGAUAAAGCAAAGCAGUUCGACAGAUACAACGACACAGAGUUACACAUGGAGUAAAACAAACAUACAGUAAAUAAUACAGUAUAAACAAGUCUAUAUACAAUGUGAGCAAAUGAGGUGAGAAGGGAGGUAAAGGCAAAAAAGGCCAUGGUGGCAAAGUAAAUACAAUAUAGCAAGUAAAACACUGGAAUGGUAGUUUUGCAAUGUAAGAAUGUGCAAAGUAGAAAUGAAAAUAAUGGGGUGCAAAGGAGCAAAAUAAAUAAAUUAAUUAAAUACAGUUGGGAAAGAGGUAGUUGUUUGGGCUAAAUGAUAGGUGGGCUAUGUACAGGUGCAGUAAUCUGUGAGCUGCUCUGACAGUUGGUGCUUAAAGCUAGUGAGGGAGAUAAGUGUUUUCAGUUUCAGAGAUUUUUGUAGUUCGUUCCAGUCAUUGGCAGCAGAGAACUGGAAGGAGAGGCGGCCAAAGAAAGAAUUGGUUUUGGGGGUGACUAGAGAGAUAUACCUGCUGGAGCGUGUGCUACAGGUGGGAGAUACUAUGGUGACCAGCGAGCUGAGAUAAGGGGGGACUUUACCUAGCAGGGUCUUGUAGAUGACAUGGAGCCAGUGGGUUUGGCGACGAGUAUGAAGCGAGGGCCAGCCAACGAGAGCGUACAGGUCGCAAUGGUGGGUAGUAUAUGGGGGCUUUGGUGACAAAACGGAUUGCACUGUGAUAGACUGCAUCCAAUUUGUUGAGUAGGGUAUUGGAGGCUAUUUUGUAAAUGACAUCGCCAAAGUCGAGUAUUGGUAGGAUGGUCAGUUUUACAAGGAUAUGUUUGGCAGCAUGAGUGAAGGAUGCUUUGUUGCGAAAUAGGAAGCCAAUUCUAGAUUUAACUUUGGAUUGGAGAUGUUUGAUAUGGGUCUGGAAGGAGAGUUUACAGUCUAACCAGACACCUAAGUAUUUGUCGUUGUCCACGUAUUCUAUGUCAGAGCCGUCCAGAGUAGUGAUGUUGGACAGGCGGGUAGGUGCAGGUAGCGAUCGGUAACUAUAGAUAUCAUAUUAACAUGGCAUAAGUCAUGGCAACAUGUGUAGAAUUGCAGGAAAUUAGCUGUAAAACUGCACAUUUCUCUCUUGCCCCAUGGCAAAAAGAGUGAAAUGACUUAUAAAAUAUUUUUGCCCGCGAGGUGCCCCCCCACCCCCUACCAAUAUCUCGCCUAGUUCCCCCAAAAGGCGUGAGAAAGCAAUCACAAUCAUCUGCUUGAUCUAAGAAGUGGUUUUUGUUUUGGUCGGUUUUUGAGACUUGUUCACAGAACUGAUGAGGCUUUUCAUAUGUUAAUUCCUAGCCGGCCGGUCCACUAUAAAGCACUUGAAGAUACAGAAUAAGUUUUGAACAAAUGUCUAAACUUGUAAUAGAGCUCCUGUUGAAAAAAUGUUUAUUGUAUUUUUAUAACUAGAGGUGUAGCUCAAAAACAAAAUCAUGUCGCUGUGUCAAAAAGAAACCUCAGAAACCAAUUCAGUUAAAUCAAAUCAAACUGUAUUUGCCACAUGCGCCGAAUACAACAAGUGUAGACUUUACCGUGAAAUGCUGAAUACAACAAGUGUAGACUUUACCAUGAAAUGCUAACUUACAAGCUUUUAACAAACAGUGCAGUUCAAGAAGAAGACCAUAUUUACCAAGUAGGCUAAAAUCUAAAUGAACACAAUAAGAAAAAGAUAGGAUGUCAGGGUAAUAUUGUCCUCAAGUUGUUGCUCUUUAGGAAAGGCAACCAUAAGCUGCUGCAGUGUCCGUCCAUCCUUUUCUCAGUUUUCUUAAAGAUAACCUUCUCACUCUGCUCUGUCCAGACUCUGACUGUCAUGAUUGUUAUACAUCCAUUCCUUCCUUCAUAAUUAUAUUUGUGUUUAUUAAUGUUUCUGGCCCAAUGGGUAACAUCUCCUCUGCCUCUUUAGUUAUUCCUCUGUAGCCAUCUUCUGGCCUUUCUAUCUUAUGCGUUUGUGGAUUUAUGAAAAUGCACCUCUGUUGAGGUCGCCUCAUUGCGGAAAGGAAAACAGUUUUUUCGGUUCAAGUGUAGGGAAUCUCUACAAAAUAUCAUAUUCCCCUUUCUCCUCUAAACCGGCUUGAUUCAAUAGGUCUCUUUCCUAACCUAAGCAAUAUUUUUAGUUGAAACAAACUCAUGCACUUGAAUGGUGUAUGGAAGUGCGCAAAACAAUCCUCCUCAUAGGACUAUCUACAGAUAAAAAAAUAUAGAAUUGCUUUACUAGCCCAUAUGGGAAAAAGGAAAGGCUGUGGUUACUGUUGCAAAUGUGUACUGUAUAUUGUAAUGUAUAUUGCUGAGGGGUGCACCCCUACCACCCCCUUGUCCUGUAGGUUAAUCCCACUCACCCCCCUUACUACUCCUCCCUCCUUUUUGUUUCUGGUUUGUUUUCUUCCACUUGCUGCGUGAGGUCAUUUCUUUGUCGUAUGGUCUCGUCUAUUGAGUUGUCUGUCAAUCACACCCAACAGUGGGGAAUUACUCACUCCUAAGGCUGCUGGGCAAAGUGAGUCGUCAUCGCACACAUACUUAGAGGCUGGCUGCCAAAGAGUUCCCUCCCUCAACAUGACCUUACAGUCAUAACGUUAGAGCAGUCUAAAUCCGAGCUGCAUUUUAUAUCAUCUGAGUUGGAUUCCUAACAUGUUUAUCCUGACACAUAAAAAUACAGUAGCGAUAACCUCUACAUUCUCCCUCGGUGGAACAAAAAUCUCAUCAGCUCAGAUUGGAUUUACCAAGUCUUGUCUGCACCGAAGACCUAUGCUCUAAAUUGUCUUCUGGUGAGGUUUGAAAAUGUUACCUGUGCAUGAGACAUUUGUAAUUAUAAACAGUAUAUCAAUAAGUCGCAAUAUAGUUUUAAAUAUUAAUUCUUAAUAGAAAUAAUGUAUUACUGUUCUCUCACCUGACUGAGCAAGGCACAUGCAUUCCUAUUGGCCAUGCUUCCAGAAAGUAGCUGUUGAGACAUUCCAGACUACAAGAGAUAGGUAGCAUUGUACCAGGGCACUACAAUGCCAUGGCUGGGUGGUGACUGAUGACAUGAAAUGGCUCAGUUUGUCCAGCAGCCACACACAAACUGAAGAGGACUUUUUUUUUUAAACAAAGGGUCUCUCUCCACCCCACCCCCACCAGGUCUGACACUAAUCUUAAGCUGCUUUCCAGGUCAUAUGUACAUAUGUUUUACUUUAAUUAUGUAGAGCAUUACAUAGUAUGAAAGUCAUAUUUUGUACAGAUGUUCAUGUAUGUACAGAACAAAAUAAAGUAAAAAAAUAGUGGACAUCCA